UCGUGAAAAAACACUUUUUUGUGGAAUCAGCUAUUCCAUUUCUUUAUAGAGAGAUUCCGUUUAAGCAAGCAAAUAUAGUAUGGUUACAGAAGUCUAUCUAUCGCAUAUAUGCUUCAAGGGGCAUCAUGGGAUAACCAUCGAGGUGAGUAGGGACCUAAAGGAUCGAAUAGAACGAUAUAUAGACAAGUAAAUCCCUUACGAGUCCCAAAGUAUUCUUUUAAGGGGAUUCAUCAUUUGACGGGAAGUAGACUACUCAAAAAUCCUACAUUUUUAUUUUGUCAUAAGUAAUUCGGAAAAUGAAAGUAAAAAAAGAAGAAUGAAUCGUUGGUCCUUAGUGGGAACUUGAGUAAGGAGUAGUUCUUUGUUUGUAGGGUUUUUCGAACAAACUUUUUAAAUAAGAAAGAAUCCCCUUUUUGAGGUAACUACUUGAGCCGGAUGAAAGGAAACCUUCACGUCCGAUUUUAAAAGGGGGAAUCCAAUCCUACAGGAACCUAUCUCGAUUUUUCUUUUGCUAGGCCCAUAGCGAAAAAACCUACUUUCUUACGAUUACGAGGUUUAUUCGAAUAUGAAAUCCAAUCUCGGAAAUACAGCAUACCACUUUUUUUUACUACCCAAGGCUUCGAGACAUUUCGAAAUCGAGAAAUCUCUACAGGAGCAGGUGCUAUCAGAGAACAAUUAGCCGAUUCAGAUUUGCGAAUUAUUACGGGUAAUUCAUUAGUAGAAUGGAAGGAAUUAGGGGAGGAGGGGUCCACUGGAAAUGAAUGGGAAGAUAGAAAAAUUAGAAGAAGAAAGGAUUUUUUGGUUAGACGCAUGGAAUUAGCUAAACAUUUUAUUCGAACAAAUGUAGAACCAGAAUGGAUGGUUUUGUGCUUAUUACCAGUUCUUCCUCCCGAGUUGAGACCAAUCAUUCAGAUAGAUGGGGGUAAACUAAUGAGUUCGGAUAUUAAUGAACUCUAUAGACGAGUUAUCUAUCGGAAUAAUACUCUUACCGAUCUAUUAGCAACAAGUAGAUCUACGCCAGGGGAAUUAGUAAUGUGUCAGGAGAAAUUGGUACAAGAGGCCGUGGAUACACUUCUUGAUAAUGGGAUCCGUGGACAACCAAUGAGGGAUGGUCAUAAUAAAGUUUACAAGUCAUUUUCAGAUGUAAUUGAAGGCAAAGAGGGAAGAUUUCGUGAGACUCUGCUUGGUAAACGUGUCGAUUAUUCGGGACGUUCCGUCAUUGUCGUGGGUCCUUCGCUUUCAUUACAUCAGUGUGGAUUACCUCGAGAAAUAGCAAUAGAGCUUUUCCAAACAUUUGUAAUUCGUGGUCUAAUCAGACAACAUGUUGCUUCUAACAUAGGAAUUGCUAAAAGUAAAAUUCGGGAAAAAGAACCCAUUGUAUGGGAAAUACUUCAAGAAGUUAUGCGGGGGCAUCCUGUAUUAUUGAAUAGAGCACCCACCCUGCACAGAUUAGGCAUACAGGCGUUCCAACCCUUUUUAGUGGAGGGACGCGCUAUUUGUUUACAUCCAUUAGUUUGUAAGGGUUUCAAUGCAGACUUUGAUGGGGAUCAAAUGGCUGUUCAUGUACCUUUAUCUUUGGAAGCUCAAGCGGAGGCUCGUUUACUUAUGUUUUCUCAUAUGAAUCUCUUGUCUCCAGCUAUUGGGGAUCCUAUUUCCGUACCAACUCAAGAUAUGCUUAUCGGACUCUAUUUAUUAACGAUCGGGAAUCGUCGAGGUAUUUGUGCAAA